AAGUGUGCCGUGAGCAGUGAUGCCGUCACUUUGUGUCCACUUCAGACGGGGUAUCCUGAGGACUUACAGACAGGUUCCUCGGACCGAGGCUGGUGGAGUCCUCAGAUAUAGAGGAGCCACAGACAGGAGGUCUCUGCUGAACUCUGGAGUUUGUGGUUGCUGUGGUCCGCUGAGGCCGAGGUACAAACGCCUGGUGGACAACAUUUUCCCCGAAGACCCAAAAGAUGGACUGAGUAAGUCUGACAUGGAGAAGCUGACCUUCUAUGCCGUGUCGGCUCCAGAGAAACUGGACCGGAUUGGUGCCUACCUGGCCGAGAGACUGAGCAGAGAUGUGGUGCGACAUCGAUAUGGGAAUGUGGUGAUCGCCAUGGAGGCUCUGGACCAGUUGCUGAUGGCCUGUCACUCCCAGAGCAUCAAGCCCUUCGUAGAGAGUUUCCUACACAUGGUAGCAAAGCUGCUGGAGUCCAAAGAACCUGACUUGCAGGUCCUCGGUACCAACUCGUUUGUCAAGUUUGCCAACAUUGAGGAGGACACACCCUCCUACCAUCGCCGCUAUGACUUCUUCGUCUCCCAGUUCAGCGCCAUGUGUCAUUCUACUCAUGACGACCCAGAUAUCCGAACCAGGAUCCGUGUGGCAGGGAUUAAAGGUCUCCAGGGCGUGGUGAGGAAGACGGUGAACGACGAGCUACAGGCCAUCAUCUGGGAGCCUCAGCACAUGGAUAAGCUGAUCCCAUCCAUGCUGUUCAACAUGCAGGACAGUGACGACCUGGACAGGCUGGGGCACCCGAGCACACCAUCGGUGUCAGGUCAGGAAGGUGAAGAGAAUCCUGGUGCGCUAUCUGAGAGCUGUUUCAGGGAGCUUCUGGGUCGUGCUGCCUACGGCAACAUGAACAACGCUGUCCGGCCCGUGUUGGUUCAUUUGGACAACCAUCACCUUUGGGACCCCAAUGAGUUUGCUGUUUCAUGCUUCAGAAUCAUCAUGUACUCCAUCCAGGCUCAGCAUUCCCAUCACGUCAUUCAGCAGGUUCUGAACCACCUGGACAUGCACAAGAAGAACAUGCCGCGAGUGCGAGCCGGCAUCGUGCAGGUCCUCCUGGAGACGGUGGCCAUCGCUGCCAAAGGCUCAGUGGGUCCGACUGUGCUGGAGGUGUUCAACACUUUGCUGAAACACCUGAGAAUGAGCGUGGACUUUGAGUUGGGCGAAAGUUCAAGGAGAAACUCUGGCACCAGUGUUUCAUCGGGUCGUGGCAAGGAGAGUGAAGAGCGCAUCGUGCAGAAUGCAAUCAUCCAAACCAUUGGAUUCUUCGGUGGAAACCUGCCAGACUACCAGCGAGCUGAAGUCAUGAUGUUCAUCAUGGGAAAGGUGCCAGUCUAUGGGACUCCCUGUCACACCUUGGACACUGUCAAGAUCGGACAUCAGGGCACCAAGCGGAUCCAGACCAUGCUGCUCAGCUCUCUCAUUAUGGUCACGUCUGGCUUCAAGUCCAAGUCCAUGGUGGCAGCUUUGCCCCCUUCCUUCUUGGAUCCGCUGCUCUCCAUUUCCCUGAUGGAGGAUAGUGAGCUGAGGCAGCUGGUGCUCGAGAUCCUCCACAACAUCACUGAUCGCCACGAUAACCGCGCCAAGCUUCGCGGCAUCAGGAUCAUUCCUAAUGUUUCGGCUCUGAAGAUUAAGAGAGAGAAAAUUUCCAAGCAAGAUGUUGCCUUCAUGAAGAAGCACGGUCAGCAGCUCUACCGUCACAUCUACCUGGGCUGUAAAGAAGACGAUAACGUCCAUAAAAACUUUGAACUGCUCUUCACUACCCUUGCCAUUCUGACCAUUGAGCUUGCCAAUGAGGAAGUCAUCAUCGACCUCAUUCGGCUCUCAGUCGCUCUGCAGGACAUGUCUCUAACCAACGAGGAGAGCAUGCCCAUGUUUAUUCGCUGUGGCAUCAUGGCGCUGGUGGCGGCCUACCUCAACUUCCUCAGCCAGAUGAUCGCCAACCCGCCAUUCUGUCAGCAUGUCAGCAAGGUGAUUGAGCUAAGGAACAUGGAUGCUCCAUACCUCCUCCCUGAACACAUCUUCAGAGACAGAUGUCCACUCCCAGAGUCUUUGAAUAAGGAUGACAAGCUGCUGUACUUCCAGGCAGCUGACAUGGCGGAGUGCCUGGCUGGACCUGGAUACAGCGCAGAGAGACUGUCUGUCCCCUACGUGCCCCAGGUCACAGAUGAAGAUCAUCUGACCAGGAGGAAGAGUUUUGUGGACACCAUCUCUCUGCAGGUGGACAUCCUGACCAAUAGUCUCCCUGAUAAGUCCCAGCUGGCUGAAGAAAUCACCUUUGAGACCCUAAAGAAGGCGAUCGACACGACGGGUCUGGAAGAGCAGGAGCGCGAGAAGAGGCGCCAGGUAAUGGAGAAAUUCCAGAAAGCACCAUUUGAGGAGAUUGCCGCCCACUGUGAGUCCAAGGCAAACUUGUUGCACGAACGCCUGGCACAAAUCUUCGAACUGACGAUCCGGCCGCCGCCCAGCCCAUCGGGCGUGGUUUCCAUCUCAACGGGACACGCCCAGCACCAGUCCGUACCCGUCUACGAGAUGAAGUUUCCGGACCUGUGUGUCUACUGACGGCUUUCACUCAAACACUCCACCGCAAAGUUACAGAAUACAAAAAUAAAAAUGCUGUGAAGCUAAACGUUAAGAAUUAUCCACAAUUCAGAGCUGAAAUAAAACGUGAACACCACCACUGUUUUAGCAACAUAAGCAGGAAAACAAAACAUAGCAAUAUGGGUGUGUCCAAAGUGGAACCAAGAAAAUUGUUUUUAAAAUUACACUUAUUGCUGAAACUACAUCAUCAAGAGUUAGUUUUCCUAUUUUUAGUUCAUUUUGUGACCCGUCCUGUAACUGGUUUUGCAGUUACAGGACGGGUUAAUCCUCCGAGGCCCCGCCCUGUCUUGAUGAUAAUUCAGACUUACGAAAGCAAUAAUUUAAAAAAGCGGCAUCUUGGCCAUAAUUAUUUUUCCCUCUUCAAACAAAUUUAAGACCGACCAUGGUUUGGUGCAUUUUAUUUCCUGACUCGUGUCCCUGAAUGUAAACACAACUCAGAGUAAAAAAUAAAUAAAAUAAAAUAAAAAAACAGCAAUAAAAACAGCUGACUUCAGUGUUGAUGUUGCUUUCUAGUGUGACUGUGAUUCAGUCUGUCAUAUCUGCUGUGCCAAAGUCGCAUUGUGUGCACGCUGUAGACUGAGCAAUGGUAAAAAUGACUAAAAACCACUUUUAGCUUUAAAAUUGAGCCAGUUUCUGCUUAUUAACCAGUGUUGACUAGUAGGUGUCAGUGCAAUGAUUUAUUGUAAAAAAAAAAAAAAAAUUGUCAUAGAUUCUGAUU